CCCAGCGCAGUCGAGUCGAGCCGAGGCGGCCAGGUCCGGCGCGGGCGGCGCGCGCUGACGGAGGGCGGCGGCCGCGGCCAGGGCGGCCCGUGGGACCGCGGGCCCCCGGCGCAGCGCCGCCGGGCUCCCGCUCCCGGCCCUGCCGGCCUCCUCCCUCGGCGUCGCGGCCAUGGCGGCCAGCGCGAAGCGGAAGCAGGAGGAGAAGCACCUGAAGAUGCUGCGGGACAUGACCGGUCUCCCGCACAACCGAAAGUGCUUCGACUGCGACCAGCGCGGCCCCACCUACGUGAACAUGACGGUCGGCUCCUUCGUCUGUACCUCCUGCUCCGGCAGCCUGAGAGGGUUAAAUCCACCACACAGGGUGAAAUCUAUCUCCAUGACAACAUUCACACAACAGGAAAUUGAAUUUCUGCAAAAACAUGGAAAUGAAGUCUGUAAACAGAUUUGGCUAGGAUUAUUUGAUGAUAGAUCUUCAGCAAUUCCAGACUUCAGGGAUCCACAAAAAGUGAAAGAGUUCCUACAAGAAAAGUAUGAAAAGAAAAGAUGGUACGUCCCUCCAGAACAAGCCAAAGUGGUGGCGUCAGUUCAUGCAUCUAUUUCAGGGUCCUCUGCCAGUAGCACAAGCAGCACACCUGAGGUCAAACCACUGAAGUCUCUCUUAGGAGAUUCAGCACCAGCACUGCACUUAAAUAAGGGCACACCUAGUCAGUCUCCAGUUGUAGGUCGCUCUCAAGGGCAGCAGCAGGAAAAGAAGCAGUUUGACCUUUUAAGUGAUCUUGGCUCAGACAUCUUUGCUGCUCCAGCACCUCAGUCAACAGCUACAGCCAAUUUUGCUAACUUUGCACAUUUCAACAGUCACGCAGCUCAGAAUUCUGCAAAUGCAGAUUUUGCAAACUUUGAUGCAUUUGGACAGUCUAGUGGUUCGAGUAAUUUUGGAGGUUUCCCCACAGCGAGUCACUCUCCUUUUCAGCCCCAAACUACAGCAUUUAGAAUGCUUUCAUCUAGCUGCAGUUUUGGUGAAUUUACUUCAGCUUUUCCUCUCCAGGCUUCCAACAGUGGAAGUGCUGGAUCAGUAAAUGCUAAUUUUGCUCAUUUUGAUAACUUCCCCAAAUCCUCCAGUGCUGAUUUUGGAACCUUCAAUACUUCCCAGAGUCAUCAAACAGCAUCAGCUAUUAGUAAAGUUUCAACGAACAAAGCUGGUCUACAGACUACAGACAAAUAUGCAGCACUUGCUAAUUUAGACAAUAUCUUCAGUGCUGGGCAAGGUGGUGAUCAGGGGAGUGGCUUUGGGACCGCAGGUAAAGCUCCUGUUGGUUCUGUGGUUUCAGUUCCCAGUCAGUCAAGUGCAUCCUCAGACAAAUAUGCAGCCCUGGCAGAACUAGACAGCGUUUUCAGCUCUGCAGCCACUUCCAGUAACGCAUAUACUUCCACAAGUAAUGCUAGCAGCAGUGUUUUCGGAACAGUGCCAGUGGGUGCUUCGGCACAGACACAGCCCGCUUCUUCCAGUGUGCCUGCUCCCUUUGGAGCUACGCCUUCCACAAAUCCAUUUGUUGCUGCUGCUGGUCCUUCUGUGGCAUCUUCUACAAAUCCAUUUCAGACCAAUGCCAGAGGAGCAACAGCUGCGACCUUUGGCACCGCCUCCAUGAGCAUGCCCGCGGGCUUCGGGACUCCCGCUUCCUACAGUCUUCCCACCAGCUUCAGCGGCAGCUUCCAGCAGCCUGCCUUCCCAGCCCAAGCCGCUUUCCCUCAACAGACAGCUUUUUCUCAACAGCCCAAUGGUUUUGCAGCAUUUGGACAAACAAAGCCAGUGGUAACCCCUUUUGGUCAAGUUGCAGCUGCUGGAGUAUCUAGUAAUCCCUUUAUGACUGGUGCACCAACAGGACAGUUUCCAACAGGAAGCUCAUCAACCAAUCCUUUCUUAUAGCCUUAUAUAGACACUUUACUGGAAUGAACUUUUACGUGGUCGCAUUACAUCUCUCCGCCUCUUGCACUGUUGUCUUGUUUCACUGAUCUGAGCUUUAAACACAAGAGAAGUCUUUAAAAAGCCUGCAUUGUGUAUCAAACACCAGGUAAUAUGUGCAAAACAGAGGGCUCCAGUAACAACUUGUAACCUGUGAAUUGGCAGAAAAAGGUAGCAGUAUCAUGUAUAUUAAAAAUUGGCUAAUAUUAAGUUAUUGCAGAUGCCACAUUCAUUAUGCUGCAGUACUGUACAUAUUUUUCUUAGAAAUUAGCUGUUUGUGCAUAUCAGUAUUUGUAACUUUAACACAUUGUUCUGUGAGAAAUGUUACUGGGGAAAUAGAUCAGCCACUUCUAAGGUGCUGUCAUAUAUCUUGGAAUGAACGACCUAAAAUCAUUUUAACCAUUGCUACUGGAAAGUUACAAAGUCAAAAUUGGAAGGUUUUAUUCAUUCUUGAAUUUUCCUUUCUAAAGAGCUCUUCUAUUUAUACAUACCUAAAUUCUUUAAAAAUGUAGAGGGAUACCUGUCUGCAUAAUAAAGCUGAUCAUGUUUUGCUACAGUUUGCAGGUGAAAAAAAUAAAUAUUAGAAAAUA